ACAGAAACCACCUCCGCCGGUCAAGAAGCCCUCAGAAGGCCCUUGCCAUGGACACAGAAGAUGAAGAAAACACGAGUUCGAGCAGCACAGAUGUUAAGGAAAGCUGCGGUCUGGACAGCGCGCCCCCCAAGGACGGCAGCGCGCCCGGGCCCGGCGAGGGCGCCCCGCUCCACAAUGGGGGCCGCGGCGGCGCCAGCCGGAAGCGGCCGCUGGAGGAGGGCAGCAACGGCCGCGCCAAGUUCCGCCUGAAGAAGAGGAGGCGGCCGCCGGGGCCCGCGCUGCCGAAGAACGCCCUGAUGCAGCUGAACGAGAUCAAGCCCGGCCUGCAGUACGCGCUGCUCUCGCAGACGGGCCCCGUGCACGCGCCCUUGUUCGUCAUGUCCGUGGAAGUGAACGGGCAGGUGUUCGAGGGCUCCGGCCCCACCAAGAAGAAGGCCAAGCUGCACGCCGCCGAGAAGGCCCUGCGCUCCUUCGUGCAGUUCCCCAACGCCUCCGAGGCGCACCUGGCCAUGGGGAGGACCCUGUCCGCCAACACGGACUUCACGUCCGACCAGGCCGACUUCCCCGACACGCUCUUCAACGGCUUCGAGACCCCCGACCGGUCGGAGGUGCCCUUCUACCUGGGCUCCAACGGGGACGACUCCUUCAGCUCCAGCGGGGACCUGAGCUUGGCGGCGUCCCCCGCGCCCGCGAGCCUCGCGCAGCCCCCCCUCCCCGGCCCCCCGCCGUUCCCGCCACCGAGCGGCAAGAACCCCGUGAUGAUCCUGAACGAGCUGCGGCCCGGGCUGAAGUACGACUUCCUGUCGGAGAGCGGGGAGAGCCACGCCAAGAGCUUCGUCAUGUCCGUGGUGGUGGACGGCCAGUUCUUCGAGGGCUCGGGCAGGAACAAGAAGCUCGCCAAGGCCCGGGCCGCGCAGUCCGCCCUGGCGACCAUUUUUAACUUGCACUUGGAUCAAACGCCGUCUCGCCAGCCCAUCCCCAGCGAGGGCCUGCAGUUGCACUUGCCGCAGGUGUUAGCCGAUGCUGUGGCCCGCCUGGUGCAGGAUAAGUUCGGCGACCUGACGGACAACUUCUCCUCUCCGCACGCUCGCAGGAAAGUUCUAGCCGGCGUCGUCAUGACCACAGGCACAGAUGUGAAAGACGCCAAGGUGAUCAGUGUCUCCACGGGGACAAAGUGCAUCAACGGCGAGUACAUGAGCGACCGCGGCCUCGCGCUGAACGACUGCCACGCAGAGAUCAUAGCACGGCGGGCCUUGCUCCGCUUCCUCUACACACAGCUCGAGCUCUACUUAAAUAACAAAGAGGACCAAAAGCGAUCCAUCUUCCAGAAGUCGGAGCGUGGGGGCCUGAAGCUCAGGGACACCGUGCAGUUCCACCUGUACAUCAGCACGUCUCCCUGCGGGGACGCCAGGAUCUUCUCGCCGCACGAGCCCAUCCUGGAAGAACCGGCGGACAGACACCCAAACCGCAAGGCCAGAGGACAGUUGCGGACGAAGAUAGAGUCUGGUGAAGGCACGAUCCCCGUGCGGCCCAGCGCGAGCCUGCAGACGUGGGACGGGGUGCUGCAGGGCGAGAGGCUGCUCACCAUGUCCUGCAGCGACAAGAUGGCGCGGUGGAACGUGGUGGGCGUGCAGGGGUCCCUGCUCAGCAUCUUCGUGGAGCCCAUCUACUUCUCCAGUAUCAUCCUGGGCAGCCUCUACCACGGCGACCACCUCUCCAGGGCCAUGUACCAGCGGCUCUGCGGCAUAGAGGACCUGCCCCCGCUCUACGUGCUCAACAAGCCCCUGCUCAGCGGCAUCAGCAACGCGGAAGCGCGGCAGCCGGGGAAGGCGCCCAACUUUAGCGUCAACUGGACGGUGGGUGACGCGGCCAUCGAGGUCAUCAACGCCACGACAGGGAAGGACGAGCUGGGCCGUGCGUCCCGCCUGUGCUCCCUCCAGCCUGCUGCGCUCCAAGAUCACGAAGCCCAACAUGUACCACGACUCCAAGCUGGUGGCCAAGGAGUACCAGGCCGCCAAGGCGUGUCUGUUCAAAGCGUUCAUCAAGGCAGGGCUGGGCGCCUGGGUGGAGAAGCCCACCGAGCAGGAUCAGUUCUCUCUCACGCCCUGACCGGGGGGGCGUGGGGCAGAGGCUGCCCGCGCCGGCGCUGUCUCCGGAGCCUCACGUCCGAACUGGGGGCAGGGGUGUGGGGACACGGGGUGCUGGGCAGGGAGGGUGCGGGCUCCAGCGUCUCCCUCUACACCACCGUUACCCCUGGAAUGACCCAGUGACCACUUUCCAUCUCCGUUUACGUCUAGAAGUCGAGUUCUACUGAGUAGGGCUUCCUUAAGUUUAGGAAAAUAGAAAUUACUUUGUGUGAAAUUUUUGAAUAAAUAAUUUAUUCAGAGUUAGGAACGUGGUUUAUAAAGUAAUUAGAUCAAGUCACUCUUAGGCCACGUUAUUUUAAUUGCAGAAGAGCAUUUAUCUGUGGAGAAGGUGAGGAAGUCGCGGUAGGAGGAGAAGCCUCGCAGCCGUGCCGCGGGCAGGUCCCCCGGAUCCCUUGGCGGGUCCUCCCAGCGCAGGAGACCCCGCAGGAGGGGCCCGGCCCUGCGCUCCCCCAAGUCCCCCACGCAGUGACGGCGUGUGCCCGGGGGGCGCAUCCCAGAUCCCCGGAACCUUCAGUCCCCUGGAAGCGUCUGCGCUCCUCCUGGAAUCACAUCAUGGAAAACGUGUGUUGGUUUGCGUCUCCGUAACCAGAGAUGAGACGGGGCAGUGAUCCUGGCCGUGCUCGUGAGGUUCUCGACAGUGUUUGACUUUCAGGGACUAGGAGGAAGCCGUAGGGGCCAGUGCACAAAAGUCAGCCUGAAAUCCCCCUCCCUGUCUCCGAAUCCCACGGAUGUGGAUGACUCUCCAGACAUCUUCACAGGAAGGAAAUAGAAUUAAUUAAGUAGAUAGAGUCGUUCAUAGAAAAUGCCAGUAAGGUGUAUUUUUAAAUUCUUCUUUCCAGCUUUAUCAAAGACAUGUUUGAGUCAGUAUUCAGGCUGGAAGCUGGUGAGGCAGCGUGCCGCGGGCAUCGUCCCCACCAGGGUCUGGACGUUGACGGUCACGGCAGGGAAGGGGUGCUGCUGGUGCCCGGGGUGGCCCAGGGGCGCUGCUGCACAUCCCCCAGCACCACCCCCCCCGGGUGUCCCUGGGCUGAGCCAGCAGACAGUCAGGAGUGCGGGCAAGGGUCCUGGGGCACCUGGACCUGAGCUCAGAGAUUUGCACCAAUUGCCUUGUUGCUUCCACUCAGGAUCAGACAGGAGCCCCGGGGAGCGUCCUGCCCCUGCUGGAUCAGGGCCGUUUACACGGAAGUGGGCAGGGGCUGCUGUGGAGGCUGUAGGCAGAGCCGGGAGACCCCACCUCACCUUGCCAGACUAUGAAAACGCAGAACAGGAGCAGGGCGGCCACGGUCCCCUCCGCCCGGGCCCCGCGUGCUCAGAGCAGGAGACUCGGACCAGAAGCGCCGUGCCUGCCCCUGUCGCCAGCGGUUCCUGGGGGGCGGGGGUGGGGCUGGCGUGCUGCAGGGACCCGGGGGUGUGGCUGGGCUCAGGGGCCGUGGCCUUCUCUCCGCUGUAGCAGGAAGGGUGUCAGCUGGUGUCGCCGCCCUCCCCAAGCAGGUGCCGCCGCGCACAGAACAUCCGAGAGCUGCGUUUUUAUUCUCUCGAUAAAUGGUAUUUUUUCUAAUGGGGAUUGGGAGAUGGACUUAGUUUUUAAAAAAAAUACGUGGAUUUUGAUGAAAAGGUCAGUGGAAAUACAUUGCAUUAUACAUACAAACACCACCCAGUAUGUCCGACCUCCUGCCUCCCACUAACCGCUGAGGCGAGCGCGCCGUCCCCGCUCCGAGUGCGCGGCUGUCCUGUGCGCGUCCAGGCCCACAGGUGGCCGGGAGGGAGGAACGGAGCCCCGUCCGCCCGGGACCCGGCGGGAGCGGAACAGAAGCGGAGACGUGAACUCCUCCAGGCGCCGGGUCCGGAGACUCGGCCCUUGAAAGGGUCCCUUCCGAGGCUCAGGGUGCACCACCCCGUCUCCCCGGGCGUCACUUGGCAUACCGUGCCCUUAGUCAGGAUUCUAGAGACUUAGACAAAUUGACACAGCCAAGAGCUUGGGUGUUUGAGAAAAAUCUUCAAUUUUGAGGACAUUUUGACCAGGGGGUUGGAGGGUUCUCUUCUCUUUUGUUCGCUAAGCCUAUUAAUUCCAGGAAGACACCGGCCGCGGGCCACUAUCCUGCUAGAGGAAGGCCUGAGUCACAGUGGUGUCCCCGGCGGGGCUCGUCCCGCGUCCGGGGUCAGCCCAGGCCGGGCGUGCCCUCUUCGCGGUCAGAUGCCACACAGCACAGUUCUGAUUAUGAAUCAGAGUGUGCUUGACUCAUUUAAUCAGAAACAGUUACUUUAUUUUAAAACGUACAAGCCAGCCUCUCACCCGGCACUCACUUCCCUGGGGUGUGUUUAUUCCCGUGAUCCCCUGCUGCCCAGACGACGGGACCGCCGCUUUCCUUGUGACAACAGUGUUCCCGUGCUUUGUGCCGUGACGCUGGGACGGGGCCGCUCGCAGGCAGACCCCGGGGUGGCUCAGUGAGCGCUGUGGGUGAAGGCUGCACGCCCCUCCGCUUUUUCUCAAAACACAAAUAUCAGAUGUUUUUUAUUUCUGAAACAUUUUACACCAAAAUACAGGGUCUACCCCAACCGUAACUUGUUCUCGCAAGAGAAGUAACAUCGGCUGGUUUUCCCAUCCCUAAAGUCUACAAAGCUAGAGUCUCUCAGAAGAUUCCUCGUUAUCAGCCCCCACCUAUGUAAGCGGGAAGGGCAGAGCAUUUGUGACCAUGUGCGUGUCCAGUGUUGUCUGUCCUAGUCCCCUGGCGUGUCCUGUGACCCCCUCUCCAGCCACGCGGCCAGUCACGUCCUUGGGGCCGGUGAGGCCAGGGUCUGGAUCGAUCCAGACGCGACGCUGUCCUCUAGAGCCGCUGUGCACUCACUCACGAUGCAGGGAUGACCCCCGAGCCCCAAGAACAUGUAGCUCGGCCCCGCCGUGGGCUGACGGGACCUCAGGAGCCGACGCCCGUCCUUCCGGAUGCCACCACCAGUGUUAAAGGCCGUCUGUGGAAUGUGUGUCGAGUGAGCCUGGAAGCAGUUCGCUUCUCCAGAUACUGGGCGAUGUGCUUUUAUUUUGUUUUAUUUUAGAAUUGGGACACUUUUCUAUGAAUGUAAUUCAGCCAAGAGCCCUGUCGCUAAGACCCAGGCCCCGGUGUCCUCUGUACGUACACUGAUGUAUAUACCACCCGUGCAACCCGCAUGAGCUUGCCCUCGCACCGAGACCAGCCGGAACCAAGCAUGAGACGCUGUCCUGUAGACAAAGGACUGGAGAUGUUCUCAAUAAAAGACACCGUGUUCCACC